AUGUCUCAGCUUCAGUUGCUCCGGAGACCUUUGUCUCCAAAGUUGGAACCUGAACAAUAUAUUCCAAAGAAGAAAUUGACGAAAGGUGUUCGUGAAAAAGAGAAAGAACCUGAAAAAGUGCUUGGAGAUGUUGACAGCCAUCCAGAAAAGAGCCAACCAAUUUCUUUGUGCUUUCCAGAUGAUGAUUUUGGUGUCCAGCUUCCAGGCCCUGUUAAGAGAAAUUUCGUUAUCCCUGUCUAUUUGACUGGUCCCCCUAGCUUCCCAAUGAAAAACCGCCGUGCCCCUAUGCGGUUACAGCAUCCUACGCUGUACCCAUUUCAUUUACCACCAGAAUUUAUGGUGAGCGGUGUGACUAUGGUAACCUCUCCUCUCCGUUCUGUAGUCCAAAAAUCUGUCCCUAAAAAGCCAUUCAUUUCUCAUUAUAAUUGUGAAGUCUUCAGUACCCAGCUGAUUGCUAAAGAGAUGAAAAGUCCAGAGAAAGUUGCCACCAUAUACUUAAAACUGAGCGAGUCUGAUAGAAAACUGGAAAUUCCAGAAACAAGACAAAGGAGGAAAAAAAGUCCAAAGAGCAUCUUGGAUGAAGAACAAAUCGUGCAGGAUGAGGAACAGAUCAUGCGAGAGAAAGAGAAGAUCAUUCAGGAUAAAGAACAGAUGGAUAUGGAAAAGGAAUUAGAAGAAGAAAUUGAUUUCAUUAAAUCAUUUGUCUCCGGAGCUGGAUACAAUACUGAAUUAAGUGAAAUAGAUAAAGCCAAUGAAUUGCUAGACAAGGCUGAAAUGGCGGUUCUGUUUUGCAUCAUGCAUAGACAAACUGGACUUAAUCUUAAGGCACAUUUUCUCUCUCAGCUUCCUGACCUCUUGCGUUUGUCUGAUUUCUUGUUGUACCUAAACUUGUCAUAUAAUAAUUUGGAUUGCUUUCCAUUAGAGGUGGUUCAUCUGCAAUAUUUACAAGUGCUAAAGCUCCGAAAUAACCCCAUCAAAUCCAUCCCAGGGGAGAUCUCUGAUAUGAGGAAUCUUAAAUUCUUGACAAUGUCCUUCAACCUGCUGACUACUCUCCCACCUGAGCUAUUUACCCUGCCAAGUCUUCAGAGUCUUGAUGUUUCCUAUAAUGAACUCGAAUAUAUCCCUAAUGAAAUACAAAAUCUCAGAAGCCUCGUCUACCUGAACUUGGAAGGAAAUCUGCUUUACUCCUUGCCUUGUGGGAUUCUGAAACUUCAGUUGAGCCACCUGCUGGUGGAAAACAACUUCUUGCAUGCUUGUUUCUGGUCUGAGACUUUCCUGAUGCAACCUCAGCGCCUUAGAGACAUGGCUGCCGUGUGCUUCGUUAAGCACCAGCUGUGGAAAAUAUAUCAUCACUUACCAGAGGAGAUUCACUAUAUCAUAAGCGACUUUACAGGCUGCGAUUGCUGCAUGGGGCCCUUGUAUGGAAAAGGCUUCCGUUUUAUCCUCAUUUAUAGGAAUGCUUACGGACUAAGGCUCCCGUAUCAAUUUUCAGCUUGCUCACCAGACUGCUAUACAGCCUUUGUCAAGUCAGCUGUGCCAACCUGAUGGGUGUUAAUGUUUCGUCAACUGAGAUUCAGAAGUGAAUAACCAGUUGAAUAAAGCAAGCAAGCAGUGCUUUGGGUAUGGGAUUUUUUCCCCCCCCAAUGUAGAUCUCUGGUGGGGUGAGGGUGUCUAAGCAUUACUGUGACAUUCAAAGUCCAGUUAUUUAUAUAUCAUAUUGAGAAACUGCCCAUCUCCCUCCUAGAGGACUCUGGGUGUUCUCUUGAUUAGUACGCGCAUCUGUAAGCCACGUUGUGAAAAUCCUAGUUUCCAGCUUUUAACUAAAAAAAAAAAAGAGUAACAUUUUAAGUCUUUUAAUGUAAGUUAGUAUUCGGGAUUUGGGGAUCCUUUUUCUUAGCACAACCUACAAUGUCAUUAGACAGAUUGUAAAUAUGAUCAAAGGGAUAUAUGUGUGCAUCUGAUAGGUAUAAUGCUACUUUUUACUGUAUAUUCUGCCUUGUAAUAAAACAAAACACUAUGUAUGUACUGAUACAUUGCUUGUUAGUGUGCUUUUCCUUGCUUUAGGACAAACUAAAUGAUGGGCAUCUAGAAUCAUGGUAUACUGUAUGUAUGAGGCAAGAUAAUCACAGCCAUUUUACUCAUUAGUUUCUUGUGCUGUUUGUAGAAAUUUAAAUAAACUCAACCAACAAAUGUAAGAAGCAGUGCAUUUAGAAUGCAAUAGAUAACACUUUGGUCAGGAUACGAGAUGAUACCAAUUAUACUUGAGGCUUUUGGAAUGUAACAUUUGCACAAAUCUUAGUUUUGCAUGGCUUAUAAAAACAUUGUUUGCAGAUGUGUAUAUUAUGUAGACUUUCUGUGAGUCUAAGAUUAAAUUUGACAUUACGAAGUUCUCUUGACUGCUACCCCAAUGGUAAUCAAAGUUACUGUAACCCAAGUUGUUUGUGAAAAUCCCGGGAUCACUUCCUUUGACUCUAAAGCAAAAAUAUGAUGCUGUAAAUACCAUUUUCUUAUUAAUUUGCCCAUUAUGCAUCUGGCAAAACAAGCCCUUCUUUGAAGCUAUAAUAAAUAAAAUCAGGACUCAAAUGUUAUUUGCUAUAGCAAGCUAUAAAAGGCAGAAUGCAGAAAAAGACUCCAACCCUUCUGCAAAUGUGCAGAAGGUGCUUAAUUAUAUUCCUUGCCACCUCUCCACAACUAAAUGAAAUAGCCUUUUACUGAAAAAAAACAUUGAUUGGUUUUGAAAUGUUUCCACUUUCUCAUUUCCAUUCAAAAAUACAUAUA